AUGCCGAAGGAGGAAUUGAACGCAGUGGGCCCUUUGCUCACUGCCUGGCACCAUGGAGCUCGACUGGCAUUUGCCAUUGAACACCAGAAUUGGCAGGUCCAUCAAUGGUCCCCUGUGCUUUAUACAGAUGAGAGCAGGUUCACCUUGAACCAUGUGGCAGACAUGAAAGGGUUUGGAGAAGCCAUGGAGAAUGUUAUGCUGCCUGAUGUGACUCUGGAUCCUGAUACAGCCAGUCCAUAUCUCAUCCUGUCUGCUGAUGGAAAACAAGUUACACAUGGAGACACACGACAGGAUCUCCCUGAUACACCAGAGAGAAUUAAUACAAGUAUCGCUGUUCUGGGAAAGCAGAGUUUCUCUUCAGGGAGAUUUUAUUAUGAGGUGCAGGUCAGAGAGAAAACUGCAUGGACUGUUGGAGUGGCCAAAGAGUCCAUUAACAGGAAGGGAAAGAUUUCACUGACUCCUCAGAGUGGAUUCUGGACUGUGGCUCUGAGGAAUGAGAAUCAGUAUAAGGCUUGUGCUGAUCCUCCUGUCCUCCUCACACUGAGAGAGAAGGUGGAGGUGGUGGGAGUGUUUGUGGAUUAUGAGGAGGGUCUGGUCUCCUUUUAUGAUGUGAAGUCCAGAUCUCAUAUCUACUCUUUCACUGGUCAGUGUUUCACUGUGAAACUCUAUCCUUUUUUCAGUCCUGGUUUAAAUGAUGGAGGUAAAAAUUCAGCACCACUGAUCAUCUCUCCUGUAUUUAAGACUGAAUGAAAUUUCACCUCAUAAAUUU